CCUGCAGUGACAUCCAGUGUCCUAAAGAGACCACGUGCAACAUGAUUAAUGGCCAGCCACAUGCAUCCAAAAUCAUCCCUCCUGCAGUGACAUCCAGUGCCAGAAGGGAACCACGUGCCAGAUGGUUGAUGGUUGGCCCCAGUGCGUCCAAACCAAGACCUCCAUUAGGGGACCUUCCUGCAGGGAUAUUCAGUGUCCCAAAGGGAUCACAUGCAAGAUGCUACACGGGUGGCCUCAGUGUAUCCACAGACAACCCUCCUGCAGUGACAUCCAGUGCCAGAAGGGAACCAUGUGCCAGAUGGUCGAUGGUUGGCCCCAGUGUGUCCAAACCAAGACCUCCCCAAGACGGCCUUCUUGCAACAGUGUGCAAUGUCCCAAAGGGACAACAUGCAAAAUGACAGAUGGGUGGCCACAGUGUGUCCACAGCCAACCUUCCUGCAGUGACAUCCAAUGUCCCAAGGGGACCACAUGCAACAUUGUCAACGGUUGGCCCCAAUGUGUCCAAAACCGUCCCUCCUGCAGUGACAUCCAAUGCCAGAAGGGAACUGUGUGCCAGAUGGUUGACGGUUGGCCCCGGUGUGUGCAAACAAAGACCACACUGAGGCUACCGUCCUGCAACAACGUCCAGUGUCCCAAAGGGACCUCAUGCAAGAUGCUGCAGGGGUGGCCCCAGUGUGUCCACAGCCAACCCUCCUGCAGCGAUGUCCACUGCCCCAAGGGGACCACGUGCAGUAUUGUCAACGGUUGGCCCCAGUGUGUGCAAAACCGUCCUUCCUGCAGUGACAUCCAGUGCCAGAAGGGAACCGCUUGCCAGAUGGUUGAUGGUUGGCCCCAGUGUGUGCAGAUCAAGACCUCCAUUCGUAGACCAUCUUGCAGGGACAUCCAGUGUCCAAAGGGGACCGUGUGCAAGAUGACAGAUGGGUGGCCACAGUGUGUCUACAACCAACCUUCCUGCAACGACAUCCAGUGUCCCAAGGGCACGGCCUGCACGAUGGCAGAGGGUUGGCCCCGGUGUCUUCCCAGCCAUCCCCUCUUCCGAUCUGCAUCCUGGGGUCACUCUGCUUCUGCCCCCCAGAUUUCCACUGGGAUGUCCUCCAUCCCCUCGGGCUGCAUUGGUGCCCACUGCGCUGCCACCCCUGGGUCCUGCCAGAACUUUGCCUGCAAGCCCGGCACCGUUUGCAUGGUGGUGCACGGCCACCCCACCUGUGUCUCCCGGCCUUCGUGCAAGAACCUCCACUGCCAAGCGGGAAUGGGCUGCAAGCUCCUCAAUGGGUGGCCCCGGUGUGUCCGCAUCCCCUCCUGCGGUGACCUGCAGUGCCCCAGCGAGACAGCGUGCCGGGUGGUGCGAGGCUGGCCCAAGUGCAUGCGGAUGGUGAGGAGCGCGCCAGCAGCAUCUUGUACCGGCAUCUCCUGCAAAUCUGGCACCACGUGCCAAGUGGUGGAGGGCGUCCCCCGCUGCGUCCCGCCCAAGCCCACGUGUGACACGGUGCAUUGCUUGGAAGGGACCACAUGCCACAUGGUGGAGGGUUGGCCCAAGUGCAUGCCCAACCAACCCACCUGUGGUGGUGUCCGCUGCCCCGAGGGCACCACGUGCCAAAUGGAGGGUGGUUGGCCAACGUGCGUGCCCAACAAGCCCUCCUGCAGCACUGUCCGCUGCCCGGUCGGGACCACGUGCCAGAUGGUGGAGGAUUGGCCCAAAUGCGUGCCCAACAAACCAACCUGCAAAGAAGUGCAUUGCCCGGCGGGGACGACAUGCCAGAUAGUGGAGGAUUGGCCCAAAUGCGUGCCCAACAAGCCAACGUGCAACGACAUGCAUUGUCCUGCUGGAACAACGUGUAGGGUGGUGGAGGAUUGGCCCAAAUGCGUGCCCAACAAGCCAUCCUGCAAUGACAUGCAUUGUCCAGCCGGAACGACGUGUAGGGUGGUGGAGGACUGGCCCAAAUGUGUGCCCAACAAGAUGUCUUGCAAAGAAGUGCGUUGCCCAUCUGGGAGCACAUGCAAGAUGGUGGACGACUGGCCCAAAUGCGUCCCCAACGAGCCAUCUUGCAAUGACGUGCAUUGCCCAUCCGGAACGACGUGCCAGAUGGUGGAAAACUCACCCAAAUGCGUCCCCGACAAGACAUCUUGCAAUGACGUACAUUGCCCGAAGGGGACAACGUGCAAGAUGGUGGAAACCUCACCCAGAUGCCUUCCUGUCACGCAGCCCCCACUUGUUUGCCAUGUUUUGGGGCGCUGGCGCUACCGGGCCUUUGAUGGGAAGAGCUAUGGCUUGGCGGGGGCUUGCACCCAGACGUUGGUGAGCACCUGCAGCACCCAACUGCCCACCCUCCAUGUCACGGCUGGCGGCCAGUUUGGCGCGGGGCCGGGCGCCUCCUUCGGCCACGUCACACUCCGCGGUGAUGGCUUCAAGGUCGUCCUGCACCGAGGCGAGGAGACGAUGGCGAGGGUAGCCGGUACCCGGAUCCCCCUGCCCCUCUUGCUGGCAGGGGGCCGGGUGCGCCUGGAGCGAAGAGGGGGACAGCGGCGGGUGGCCACAGCCAUAGGCGUGCGGGUGUCCGUUGGUGGGGACGGCGCCGUGACAGUGACGGCACCAGCGACGCUACGGGGACAGCUCUGUGGGCUCUGCGCCCAUCCUGAGGAUGGGGCCGGCGAGGGACAGGGGACACAGUGCUCCUCCUCCUGCUCAUCUAAACACCCCCAGGAGCCCUGUGCCCCCAUCCCCAACCCUGUCCCCAACCCCGUCCCUGUCCCCAACCCCGUCCCCAUCCCCAAAUCCGUCUCCAACCUGGUCCCUAACCCCAUCCCCAACCCUGCCACCUGCUCAGCCCUGGGCAUGGGCCAUGUCCGCACCUUCGACCGCCUCCACCACGACUUCUCCGGCUCCUGCAUCUACCUCCUGGCCGGACUCUGCCCCGGCACCCAGGGCCCAGAGCCCUUCCGCGUCCUGGUGCGGGGCGGCCUGGGUGGCAUCACCGGCGUCGAGGUCCUCGUGCGCCGCACGCGCGUGGAGCUGGAGCCCGGGCGGGUCGUGGUGAGUAAGGGAGGAGUAGGAGCACGGGAAUGGUGUUGUGAAGCUGGGGAGUGAGUAAGAGCCACAAGGAGGGAGUUGUGAGAAUGGAGUAAACCGGGAGGAAAGGGAUGGGUGCUGAGUAGAACUUCCUGCCCAAACUGGGAUUAAGUAGGGAUGUGUUGACCAACCAAGGGGGGAGUAAAGAGGGAGUAGCAGGCAAGUGAUGCAUAAAGAGUAAAGACCAAGUAAAUCCA